AUGGUCAUCAAAGCAUUAAACUCGGAAAACUUGAAAGAACUCGAACGAGAAAACACCAGGAAGGUAAACGGGUCGAAGGACAGCAGGACCAGCAUCAUCAACAGAUUCCUCAGCAACCAAAGCCAACCCCCGCCAGAACAUGAUCAACAGCCACGGGAGAAUGUAAGAUCCAUCGCCAAUCGAUCGACCGGCUCAUCCGUCCCUUUGGAGCCGCGAGUACCCCACUACCACCACCACCCUAAGGCACCAGCUCAGCAAGACCAUCAAUCCUCAGUCGUCGAUCGAGCCGAAUUGCUGAGGUCGAGGGCGGAAAUACGAUUGGCAAAGAAGAAGGAUAAGAGAAAAAAUAAAAAAUCGGAUAUUCAAUCCCAGAAGUCGUCUCAACCGAAGAAAACUAAGAAGAAAGCCAGCGCACUCUCUUCGAGUAUCAAGCAUUUACCAGAUAGUCUUCCCAACCCAGGCAGAUCUAAAAAGCCACGCCUGACGAUCGACCGCCAGCUCCCCUCGCAUGGAAUUUUCAAAAAGGCUGUCUCUGGUUCGGCGGCUAGGCGUAACACUUGGGGAGGGGAUUUGACGUUCAACGAGCUGAGUUUCUUGGACAAGAAGCGGAAAUCUCGACGGAAAACAAAUGAGAAAGGCGCAUCCCUCUCGAUCUGUUCUCAAAAAAAGAAAAGCACCAUCGCCCAAGAAACGUCAAAAUCGCCAGUCCGUUCCUCGGCUAUCGAUCCUUGCAAGAUCCGCUCAGAAAACGCCCGGCCGAAAUCUAUCAGUCGGUCUACGCGCCAUUCUAAUUUGCCGUCUUCGGGCCACUCAGCUUACUCGUUACUGAUGCGGGCGAAAGCGGCGAGGCAAUCUGGCCAACCUGUCCCAUCUACCUCUCAUGAACCACAUCCAGACGGGCAGAAGUCCUCCUCUUCAUCAAAACACCAAGCCAGCCCUGAUAAAAAAUCACAGGAUGGACGGCAAACUUCUCGUGUAGAGCAACCGCCCGUUGAGGAAAGUCAAUCGUGUGAUAAUCACCAUCAGGGAGACCCAGAUCAGCCACGUCAUCAGAGCGCUUCGAGUUAUACGCGCUUGAUCAUCAAUCAGCCGGUCUCUUCUCGUUCGAGCUUGGUAUAUUCGGAGAUCGGCUAUGGAAACAACUCGUUUACCCAUGUAAGCCCGUCUAUCGGCGUUCUCAAUCCAGAUGAUCAUGUAUCAUCACGAACGGUCGCAGACGACUAUCAGGGGAUAUCUAACAGUAAUGAUUACAUGGACGAGGAGAAUGAAGAGCUUGCGGCUCCCGAUCGGUUAUCUCUCUUACUCGAAGGCUCUGAGCUGGACCAAAGCAAUGAAAGCAUGUACUAUCCUUCGGCGCCUCAUCCAGAGUAUCUCAGUUCUCCACAGUUUCAAUCCGGCGGAGUUGUUGGCUCGACAGAGGUUUACAAUGAGUCGGAGGAUCUGUACGGCGAGUGGGCAGAGAGCGACGGCUACCAGGAGGACGGCGGGGACGGCCGUGCAGACCUCGUAUACGAUCACUACGAGGACGAGGAGGUCGACGGAUAUUACGAUGAAGAUAAUCUGCGUUGGGAUGGUCGCGAUCAUCGGUUCUCUUCCCCAGACGAAGAACGCCCGCCGUAUCCACCCUAUCAAGAAUACACAGACUACGACGAGGAGGAGGAGGACGUUGAGUGGCCGCAGCCGGAAGAUCUGCCGGUCGUCGAGCAAUGGUAUCCAGAAGACGGCCGUGGCGUGGCUGAGCUCGACUACGCCGAGAUGGACCGUAGUCCCGUUCUUCCAGCCACCCAGCACAACAGGCUUCGACGCACCCAGCACGACGGGCUUCGACGCACCCAGCACGAUUGGUACUUUGGCGAGCCGGUCACAAAUUAUUAUCGGCCCAGUUGGGAAGCUGGGGAUGAUUGA